AUGUCUGCCUUCAAGAACGAGGCCGCCUGGAUUAUGACGGAGAGGGCGAAGGAGUUGGAAGUGAGGGAAGGCCCAGUGCCAAAUCCAGCAGCUGAAGAGGUGGUGAUCAAAGUCGCGUAUGCUGCCGUCAACCCUUCGGACUGGAAGAUGCAAGACUAUCCGUUCCUGAACCUUCCGUAUCCAUUCAUCUUUGGCAACGACGUCUCAGGGACCGUCGCUCAGGUCGGCAGCGCAGUCACGAAAUUCAGAGUCGGCCAGCGAGUGAUCGGUCACUGCGAUAGCCUACUUUCCCUGAAUACCACGAAUGCUGGAUUCCAAUUGUACAGCACGUGCCGGGAACGUGUCGUAUCUGCGGUUCCAGACUCUCUGCCCCUCGCCAAUGCCGCUGUGUUGCCUUUGGGGGUGGAUACUGCAGCAACAGGACUUUACCAUGACCUCAAACUUCCGCUGCCUUCGCUGAACCCGACGGCGACAGGAAAGACCAUCCUCAUCUGGGGAGGAGCAUCUUCUUGUGGUAGCUCCGCCAUUCAAUUAGCUGUGGCUAGUGGAUUGCGUGUGAUCACUACUGCCAGCAAGGCUAACUUUGACUAUGUCAAAAGCCUUGGUGCAUCCGAGGCGUUCGACUAUCGCGCAUCGAAUGUCGUUGACCAGCUGAAGACCGCAUUGAAGGAGGGCGACCUUGUCUUCGACUGCAUCAGCACUCCAGACGCGCAGAUGGCAUGCGCCGAGAUCCUCUCGUCAAUCGGCGGCAGCUAUCUACCAUUAGUCCUGAAACCAGAAAAGGGCCUGCCCGGCAACUUGGAGGUGCAACCCACCAUGGGCUUAGCCCCAGCCUUCACGACCAGUGAGCUGAACGAGCUGCCUAAUUCAUGGGGAACGGGUGGUGCGCCUCACGUUGGCACGGCCGUUUGGCAUGACUUCAUGCCAAAGGCUCUGGAGACGGGAAAGUUCCAAGCGAAGCCUGAACCGCUCAUCACCAAGGGCGGCCUUUCAAAGGUGCAAGAAGGCAUGAUCAUUUUGAGAAAUGGUAUUUCGGCGAAGAAGGUUGUGAUUGAGAUUGCUGGUGAAGCCUGA